UGAAGCCACCAAGCUGAUCGUCCACUACCUCUGCUCCAUGUAUCAGGGCAGAAACAACAAUCUGCGGCAGCCCAUGGAAGUCAUUCCUAUUCUGGAGAGUUUUGGAAACGCCAAAACAAUUCUCAACAACAAUUCCAGCCGUUUCGGCAAGUACCUCCACAUUCACAUCCUCCAUGGGGUCGUUGUCGGAACAUCUCUGUCCAAAUAUCUACUUGAAAAGUCCAGGGUUGUAUUCCAGGCCACUAAGGAGAGGAAUUACCAUGUGUUCUACGAGCUGCUGGCAGGGAUGAAUGAGUGGGACAAACAGGAGCUGUACCUGCAGGGAGCAGAGACCUACUACUACCUGAAUCAAGGUGGUGCCUGUGAGCUCAAUGGAAAGCAGGACAAACAUGACUUCCUCAUUUUGGUCCAGUGCUUCGAGACCAUUGGACUCCAUGCUGACCAGGUCUCGACCAUCUGGGCCAUUCUGUCCUCCAUCCUGCAACUGGGCAACAUCUGCUUCAGCUCAUAUGAGAGCGAGUCCUUUGAGGUGUCCCAUAUCUUCAGUGAGGCUGAGACCAGGAGGGUCGGUUCUCUGCUGCAGAUUUCUGCAGAGGCUCUUCAGACCGUCAUUACACACAGAGUCACAGAGACGACGUAUGACAGGAUCUACUGCCCCCUAUCAGUGGAAAGUGCCAUAGAGUCCCGUGAUGCCAUUGCCAAAGCUUUAUAUUCAGUCUUGUUUGACUGGCUGCUGGAGCAAAUCAAUGAGUGGCUGAGUCCAGCUGAGAUGGACAGCACAGUCGGGAUUCUGGACAUCUACGGGUUUGAGGACCUGGAGGUGAACAGUUUCGAGCAGCUGUGCAUCAACUUUGCCAACGAGCAGCUGCAGCACUUUGUCAACAAGGCAGUGAUUUCUCAGGAGCAGGAGGAGUACGCAGCAGAACAGAUACAGUGGUACUCCAUGCCAGUCAAGAACUUUCACUCCUGUCUUGAGCUGAUCUCCUCCAGGCCCCAAGGCAUCCUCCGUAUCCUUGACGACCAGACCUGCCUCCCUCAGGCCACCGACCACACCUUCCUGCAGAAGUGCCACUAUCACCAUGGUAACAGCCCCUACUAUGCCAAACCCAAAAACCCGCAUCCAAUCUUUACUAUUUAUCAUUAUGCUGGAGCUGUAACUUAUCAGGUCCAUAAUUUCUUGAAUAAGAACCAUGACCAGUUCAGGACAGAGGUGGUGGAGCUUUUUGCCAAGAGUCAGUUAAAGAUGGUUUCAGAACUCUUCAGGAAGGUUCAGGAUGCUUACAUCCAGCAGAGGGAGCUGGGCUGGAGAGGGCGAGGCCUCCGCCAUCAGACCUCCACCGUGGCCUCACACUUCCUCCAGUCUUUGAAUGAACUCACCACACGCCUCAACAGGUGCAAAACGGUGUUUAUCCGCUGUGUGAAGCCGAACUUCAUCAAGCUUCCUGGUAUUUUUGAUGUGGACUAUGUGUCAGAGCAGCUGAGACACGCAGGAAUGAUGGAGACCAUCCACAUCAGGAAAGAGGGUUUUCCCAUACGGAUUGCGUAUCCCUACUUUGUUGAAAGAUAUUCAGUUCGGCGGAACCAGCGUGUGGCCGAGAUGUCAGACCAGGAACAGACUGUAGCUCUCCUGGAGACAGUUGGUGCAGAGAAGGAACACUACAGACUGGGCCUCUCCAAGGUGUUCCUCAAGGAGUUCCUGUACCAGCAGCUGGAGGACAAGUGGACCAGCACUCAAACCUGGGCUGCUGUCACCAUCCAAAGGAACAUCAGAGGGUUCCUCUGCAGGAGGAACUUCAAGUUCUUUAGACAGAAGGCCAUCAUAAUCCAGAGUCACAUUAGAGGACACCAGGCCAGGAAGUACUACAAGCGCCUGAAGCAGUCCUUCACUCAGUUCUGGGCAGUGAUGCUUGUAACUAGAGACACGGUGAAAAGACGACACUGGAGGAAGGAAUUUCAUGAAAAAGGCAAAACACGUGUGACGAAGAACAGGACUGUGUCUCCAGGAAUGGACGUUGGACGGUUGGAGAUCCCAGCUGAGCUGUCGGCCAGGCUGCGCACUGCAACAGGGCGGCAGCAUUUGCCAGAGGUCACAGAAGCUGUAUCUCCACAUGUGAAAGCAAAACACAGGCUCACUCUGCCUCUGGAUAUAGACAGAUACCCCUUCUCUCGCUAUGCCAAGUCUGUUUUAAGGGACACAUGGUGCCAGCCUCAGGGAUACCCCCUGCAGAGGCCCCUCACCUCUGUGGAGCCAGAAGAUGCCAGAGCUGCCCUGGAGAUCUACAAACUGAUCAUGAGGUUAACUGGUGAGAUCGAUCUCAGCAGCAGGCAGGAGCAGAUCCUGGGCAACUACAUCAUAGAAAGGGCCCAGAGUCGACCAGCGUUGAGGGAUGAGGUUCUGGCCCAGCUGGCCUACCAGAUGUGGGGCCUGCAGGAGGAGGAGAGGAGCCUGAGGGGCUGGCUGCUGAUGGCCUGCUGUCUCAGCGCCUUUGUCCCCUCGCCAACACUGGACAAACAUCUGCUGAAGUACGUGUCAGACCAUGGACCAGGAGACUACCACUCACUGUGCCAACACAAACUGCUCAAAUCCAUGCAGCUCCCCGCUCCCACGUCACGUGUUUACCCUCCCACCCAGCUGGAGUGGACUGCCAAUCAAAGGAAGGGUGCCAUGCUGCUGGAGGUGCACACCUUCAACGACGAGGAACUGACCACUGAGGUGGAGUCAUGGACCACUGGUGAGGAGCUGGCCUCCUGGCUUCUCACUUUCAGAGGUGUGACAGAGGCAGCUCAGGGCUGGUCUGUGUCUCUUUUGACUGAUGACGGCUGGUCUGAUCUGGCCGGCUCCGACUUUGUCAUGGACCUGCUGGGAGAAGCUGAAGCAGAAGUGUCGCCACCUAUAGGAGCAAUGGCAAACACUGACUACCUGUUCAGCCACAGUGACAGGUCACCAGCUCCAAACCCAGAUCAUUUCAUCCCACCAGCUCCUCCAGUUCAGGCUCCUCGACUCUCUGCUUAUGACGGAGGCCGUGGGCGACAGAUGGCUGCCUACGUUGAUGACUUGUUUGAUCCUGUCCUCGACCAAGGACCUCCGGAUAUGGACACAGUGGCCAUGUUAAACCACAGGAUGAGGGGGCGAGGGGGGGUCGGACCCAUGCACCCGGGCAUGUAUGGAGCUGGUGUGCCGAUGACCAUGCCAACCUAUCCAAUGGGAAUGCCUAUGAGUCCUACAGUGCCCAGCUUUGGUGCAGCUCCCAUGAUGCCAACCAUGCCAGCGAUGAUGAUGCCCCAGCCCACCAUGCCUGUUGCCCCUGCUGUUGACCCAGUGCAGGCAGCAGCAGCAACACAACAAGCCCUCAUCAACCAGCAGGCCUUUCUCAUGGCCCAGCAGAUGACCAUGGCGGCCAUGAAUCUGACGGAGCAACAGCUGAAGGAUCAGAAGAAGAAGCAGGAGCAGGAGCAAAAAAAGAAGGAGCAGGAGAGAAGGCAGAGGGAAGAUCGGGAGGAGGAGAGGCUGCGGAGACGCCGGUCUGAACGACGCAGCGGGGAGCGCUCUCCAUCACCUGCCCCUCGUUCUCCAUCACCUCCGCCUGUUCGUCCCAAAUCGCCUGCGAAAAAUCGUUCCUCUACCGACAAACCACCGGAACCACAUGUUGUCUCACUGCCAGAGGGAGGCCUGCAGUCAACAGAUCUGACUAAUCUGCAUACUUUUGAAGAGAAGAGGGAAUAUUUCCAAAGGAUGGGCCUCCAGCCGCCUCCAGAGGAACUGAAACCCCAAAGGCGUAGAUCGACCCGCUUCACUCCACCUAAACAGGAGGCACCACCACCAGCAUGUCCUCCACCACCACCGUCUCCCCCAAAGCCUGAGGUUCCGGAGGUAAAGGCUCCCAGUGAACCUCCUGUGAAAGAACCAGAACCUCCAAUGCCCAAGCCCUCUGAGCCUCGACCUGAGCCCACGUCUCAUAUCAGAGACAUCAUCAGGCAGUUCAACAAUCGACCCCCACCGGAGGUCAAGCCCUUCGAGCCCGUCCGGCACACUCCAAAACAUUUCGUAAAAAGGGGGGACCCCAAACAGGAAGCACUGGACAAACUGAAAAAUGUGGCACCAGUGGCAGCACACAAGGCCAAAAAUGUCCCACCUCCACCACCAGCAAAGCCCGCCAAUCCUUUGCCCAAGAGUCCGCCAUCACCUCCGUCAACCAGAGGUCCUCGGUCCAUUUCCAAAAACAUGAGGCAGAAGCAGCUCCCCCUUGAGGAACUGUUUGGAUCUCAGCGCUCCUCAAACCCACCGUCUAUUCCACGCAGCAGCCCGUCCCCCCCUCCCAUGGACAACGUUUUCCUGGAGGACAUCCCUGAACCUCCACCCAUGGAGGCUCCGUCCCUGAAUGAUGUGAUGCCAGAGGACGACCACAUUCAGACCAAGCUCCAUCGCUUUUCAGCAGGUGUUUUUUUCUCUUACUCCAACAUGCCGGGAAAACUGUUCAUGAGAAAAGAAGUCUUCUAUCCUAAAGAGAUGUUCAACCAGCCCUACAUCCUCAACCUGCUGUGUGAACAGAUAAUGAGGGACGCGUACUCUGACAGCUGUGUGAGGAUCAGCAGAGAGGAGAGGAGGAAGAUGAAGGAUCUGCUGGCAAAUUUCAACGUGGGGACGACCAUCAGCACCAUUGAAGACGACAACAUGAAGAAAAGGAUCGUCAUCGCUGCACGAGACAACUGGGAGAACUACUUCAGCCGACUGUUCCCUGUGAUGUCGGACAGUGGUGACGCUCAGCUCCUGGGGGUCUCUCAUCGUGGGAUUAAUUUCCUGAAGAUCAUCAGAGCGUCGGGCAUCAACCCCAAACAUCUGCAUCAGCUUCGAAGUUACAGUUUUGCAGAUUUGCUGUCAGUGAACCUCCAAAGUUCAGACAAAGUGGAGCUGGAGCUGAAGAAUGAAGACCUGGUCCUGCAGUCCUCCAGAGCUCCUCAGAUCACUGCCAUGAUCCAAAUAUUCCUGCGGGAGAUCAUCAAGAACUCUGGUCACGUCGUUGCCCUGAAGAGUUUUGUGACAGAUGACAAGAGUCUGCUCACCUUCGAAAAAGGUGACAUCAUCAAACUUCUGCCCAUGGACGCAGUUCAGCCAGGGUGGUGUUUUGGUACCACCGGAGGACGCUCGGGUCUUUUCCCAGAGGAGCUCACUCAACCGUCUGCAGCUCCAGACUACCACGGUUUUUACCUGGAACGGAGAAACACCAGGAGGAAAAGCAUGAGGUUGGCCAAAUCUGCCAACGCAGCCCCGGCCAUGGCUGCAGCAGACACGGUCGCGGUCAUGAGCUCUGUACCGGGAUCCAUGGAGAACUCAGUUCAGGGGUCUGUCAGCGACAUGGAGGUCCUCACACCCAUGGUGAAAUUUGCGAUGAAGUACUUCAGGGUGGGAGCGUCAUCUGGACCAGCCAAUGGGAGGGACGUAGCACUGUCAGUCCGACACACUAAGUUUCCCAUCCAGGAGUCCCUGAUUCUGUACAACGACCCUGAACUCAACGAACUGUCCGUUCAGUGCUUCAUGAAUGUCAUGCAGUUCAUGGGCGACAUUCCGCUGCAGCCCAACAUGACCCAGGCAGAGUGUCUGCGUCACAUCCUGCUGAUGGGGAAAGAGAAGGAGCUGCUGAGAGAUGAACUCUACUGCCAGGUCAUUAAACAGUGCACCAACAACCAGAACAAAUCCAGUUGCACUCUGGGCUGGCGUCUGCUCAGUCAGAUGACAGGAUUCUUCUUCUGCUCCGGGACCCUGCACCCUCACAUCACACAGCACUUUCACAACAUCUCUGAAGACUACGAACAUUCACACCAAGAGUUUGCACAACUGUGUCUGGACAACCUCAAACGGUCCCUUACUCACGGCUGUCGUCGAACCCUCCCCUCAGAAUUGGAGACGACUGCUGUGUUGACUGGUAACAGCCACCGACAGAUUCCAGUCAGGUUCAUGAUUCAAGGGGAUUUAUCUGUCAAGAUUGACAUCACCAGUAUGACGUCAGACGUGGUUAAAGCGAUAUGCAACGAAAUGGGCAGUACAGUCCCCACGGAAGCCAGAGAUUUCACCCUCCUCUCCUGCAGACAGAAAGAUGGACUUGUGCGUCCGCUCCAUCCUCAGGAGUAUCUGUUGGACUUUCUGAACGACGAUGACUCCAGUCAUUUGUACCUGAGGAGAUUUCUGUGGAGAAACGCUCUCUUCUUUGUGAAUGACCUUUACACAGAGGUCCACUACCAGCAGCUCCUGGGUGACUACCUGAACGGCCGCGUGUUCCUCCCUCCUACUGCUGACAACUCUGCAUUUUUCAAGCAGAUUGCAGAGUUAUCAGCUCUGCAACACCUGGCCAAGGGACAAGGGACUCAGCCGUCACCGUCAGAGGUGUUGGAGUAUGUGCCUUCACAAUGGCAGCUCGGUGAGAAAGUACACGAGAUCCAUUCUCUUUGUUUGGGUCAAAUUGCUGCCAUGCCUCCGCUUAGACCGCAGGAUGCCAAAAUGAAAUUCAUCGAGUUUAUGACCCACAUGAAUUUGUUUGGCUGCAACAUUUUCUUGGCCCAGAAGGUGAGCCAGCGUGGCUGCCCCUCCCCAUGUGUGGUCGGCAUCAACCAGCAGGCUGUGCUGUUCAUUGACCCAAGGACACAGGAGAAAAGGUUCAUGAUUAACCUGCCAGAGAUUAAGCACAUGAGAGCCACUCGGCCUAAGAAACAAGGCAAACUGGGAAUGGUCCACAUCGACUAUGGCAGUUCAGGACGUACCAAGAAAGUCACCAUCACUGUCCAACAGGCCAAGGAGUUGUGCCACACCCUCGCACUGAUAAUGGAAGAAGUGGUCAGAGUACCGAUCAAAAGUUCCGCUUCGAAUGAUCGUUAAACACGUGUUGUUUGAAGACACGUUUGGACGACCAUUUCUUUGUAACAUUUAUUUAACCUAAACCAAUUCUUACAUGAUAUACCAAAAUACUUUGUUGUCUAAAAUCUAAAACCUUCACUGUGCCAUGUCUUCAUUAGUGGGUCAUAAUCUAUAAAAUAAUAUAUUGCUGACCAGUUUACACAAUGACAAUCUGGUGUCUUUAUAGAAAGAAAACAAUGUAAAAGUGUCUGUUGAGAUGAAUGUAUAAUAAAUAGUAAUUUUUUUAAAACUGUUAAUUAAUUUAAAUAAUUUCCUGAAAAUGUUAGUUCAGUUGAAUUUGAUUAUUCCCAAUUUUGUACCAUUCAUAGGCAAUUGCAAUGGUUUUAAGAUUGUUGAUUAUUAGGCUAAAAGAAGUGACUUAAAGUAGCUUUGAAUGAGUAUUGUAUCCUGAGUACACUUACUUUUAGUCAUAGUAAUAAAUGGUGGUAAUAAAAAGAAAUACUCGAAAGAUAUAUUGAUUGAUCAAUUUGUAUAAUACAGUACUAUCAUUUGUAAUGCAAUUUGUAAUGAAUAAAUAUUUGUCAUCAGCUAAUGUGGAGUUGGUGUGUUGAUUGUAGGAAUGGACUUAUAUGGAGCCCCCCCUUAUGUUUUGGAUGAGUAAUGCAGUUUCCUUUGACAUACCUGGACUUCCUACGAGAUGUACAGACGCGAAGGUAUUGAAUAUGUGAAAUGUGAGAAAUACAGACCAUUAGGGGUUGUUUCAGUCUUCAAUGUAGUGUCCUUGCCCUUUUUGAUGUACAAAAUCAAUAGUGUGUAAGUUGGACAGGCUAGUUGUCCUGACCUUCAGGUCAGAUGUGGAUUUGUUUUUGCGUAUUAUAGCCUUUUAUUGUUAGUUUCUUCUUGUUAUGCUGUAAAACAUUUGAUAUAGUUGGAGUAAAAUAAUUUGUGGACAGACUGGAGGGCAACGUAAGUUAACCUUCGAUAUUCUUGUAUGAUACAUUUUAGUCUGGACACUUUUUGUAUUUUCUGCUUUUCCAGUUAGUUGAGAAAGCUACCUAUGCCAAGGUGUGGCCACAAAUUGUAAUCUGGACUCGAAUACAAGACAAUGUCAACGUUGGUUGUUUAAUGGGGCUAAAGAAAAGGUAAACCAGGAAAUGACAUUAUCAACAUAUCUACAUUUAAUACAGUUUGUCAAGCGCUAAGAUUUGUCAAGGGUAAAAAGGAGAUACUUAUUUUGUGAAGAAAUUAAAUCUGAAGUUACACAAGCAAAUGAAGUACACUACCAGCACCCCAACGACAAAGACUAGGAUGAGGUUAAGUCA